CCGAUGAAGUGAUUGUGCAUGUGAAAACUAAACAACUAAAAUUACUUUUUGUCGUUCAAAUAUAUUAUUAUAUAUUGCCUCAGCUAAAUAACAAAGGAGAGGGAGAGCGAAAUAUACCAAGGGAUUUGAGUGAAGGAUCUAAUUGUCCCAUAGCUUGGACCUAACCCAAAAAUCGGGGGCUCUGUUUCCGUCGGAGCACCCUUCUCUGAUCAGAAGAGAGAGAGAGACUUCAUAUAGUUCACUUGAGUCUGUUUCUUUCUGAGAAUAAAAAAGGGUGAUGGAAACCCAGAAGAAAGCUAGGGAACAUAACCUACGCCGCAUAGUUGAUGACAUCGGUGGGGCAUUUGGAAUGGGAGCUAUUGGAGGUUCUGUGGUCCACUUCAUAAAAGGGACUCAGAGUUCCCCGAAUGGCCGUCGUUUUGUUGGAGGAGCACAAGCUGUGAGCAUGAAUGCUCCUCGUAUAGGUGGUAGUUUUGCUGUGUUCGGAGGUCUUUUCUCUGCGUUUGACUACACAAUGGUGUACAUUAGGAAGAAGGAAGAUCCAUGGAACUCUAUCGUAGCUGGUGCUGCUACAGGAGGGUUUCUGUCGAUGCGACAAGGGCUUGCUGCUGCUUCAAGAUCAGCUCUUAUGGGAGGUCUUUUGCUUGCUUUGAUCAAAGGGGUCCAUUAAUAUUAAAACGAGUAAAAGCUUUUAUUGGGAUGUGCUUGUUGAGCUUUCUCUGCUCAAUCUUGGAAUCUAGAUACUCUUUUGUUAAAAUCAUUCUACAGUAAUUCAUGUGUUGGUGGUUUAUUA